AUGGCCCAUCUGCAGGACCUGGAGCAUCAUCUGGCUCUGGCGCACCAGCUACUGGAUCUAGUGGCCCAUCUGGAGCACCUGGAGCACCUGGAGCAACAACUGGCUCUGCCGUACCAGCUACUGGAUCUAAUGGCCCAUCUGGAGGACCUGGAGCAUCAACUGGCUCUGCAGUACCAGCUACUGGAUCUAAUGGCCCAUCUGGAGCACCUGGAGCAACAACUGGCUCUGCUGUACCAGCUACUGGGUCUAAUGGCCCAUCUGGAGCACCUGGAGCAACAACUGGCUCUGCUGUACCAGCUACUGGAUCUAAUGGCCCAUCUGGAGGACCUGGAGCAUCAACUGGCUCUGCAGUACCAGCUACUGGAUCUAAUGGCCCAUCUGGAGCACCUGGAGCAUCAACCGGCUCUGUCGUACCAGCUACCGGAUCUAAUGGCCCAUCUGGAGGAGCUGGAGCAACAACUGGUUCUGCCGUAA